UGGAUCUAUGACAUGAGCCAGGGGAGCCAUAAACUCAGAGAGUAGAAAUGGGUGGGGUGAUUCUCAAAGAACACCAGCAAUGGAGGAGUGCAGUGCAAUUCAGUGUAGGGGAGAAAACCUUGUGAUCCAACACUUGUUGUCAACCAUUUUCAUGUGAACUUGAUCACCACUGCUACCCCCUGGUUCUGCCUGUGAUUCGCUUCAAUACCUUCUCUUUUGUCCACCCAAUUUAAGUAUAUUAUAUAUACACAUAAUAUCCUCCUCCCAUACAGUCCCCUUCACCCAUCACUCUCUGAUGAUCAAUACUUGGAAACCUAGCUAGACCAAGAACAACCAUGGCCAUUAAGACUUCCAUCUGCAUUGCAGCGGUCCUUGUCAUUGAUCUCCUUCUAGUUCUCCCCGUGCCCGCCAAGCGCAUCGUUCUCCUUAGGUCAAAUGAUGACCCUGAAGAUAGUAUGGUGAUGAAACUCAAUUCCAUUAACGGGGAGAUGGCCAGAAAAAUGAGGCUGCUGAUGAGGAGGGCUGAUACGCUUGAAGUCGCAGGCUCAAGCUUGCCUGAUUGCUCUCAUGCUUGUGGGUCGUGCUCUCCUUGCCGAUUAGUCAUGGUCAGCUUUGUCUGUGCCUCGUUGGCUGAAGCGGAGACAUGCCCUAUGUCCUAUAAAUGUAUGUGUAAUAGCAAAUCCUAUCCUGUUCCAUGAUCCUCCAUGCCUAGCCCUCUCAUCAUUGUACCAUCUAUAUAUAUAUAUAUAUGUUUUUGGAUUCAUCCACCUUGUCUUCUCAUGGUGAGGAAUGGGAGAAAAAGUAACCAUCGACCAUA